AUGACUGACCUCGGAAAUUUAGCAGCUUAUCGCUCCCCGCCGAACCAGUCAUCGUCUCCAGCACGCAAACAGUCUGUGGGCGAGCUUCACGAGAGGGCAGCGAUGGCUUCGUCGUUGUCGCCUGACCAGUACGGGAAGCAGCCGUCGCAGGGCCAGUAUGGUGGCGGCGGCUCUGGCUCCGACCAAGAGCGGGGCCCCUUGAGCUCCUUGAAUUUGGGCUUUCUCAAGUCCCUGACAGAAAAGAGGACAACGCGAGAGCUGUACAUUAAGGCUCUGGAAGAUGAGGUCCUUCGAUUGAAAGAAAUCUUCAGCAACAUAUCGCAAGACAAGGACAAGGUGGCCGAGGAGAACAGGCAACUCAAGCAGCUCCUGGUCCAGAACGGAAUCCCUCUUUCUCACUAUGGUGACGAUAUGGUCAGCAACCCUAGCGGAGGCUAUACAUCGAGCGCCAGCCAGUCGGGCCACAGCUAUGGCCAGAACGCCUACACACCACCUUUGACGUCGACGACAGCGCCGUCGGUGUCGCCUUCGUCUCACGGUCCGUCUUACCCCCACGGUCUGCCCCCUCCCCUUCCCCAGAUGGGCAGCCAGCAACUGCAACAAAACAGACAAGGGCAGAGCUCUGGUAGAGGUGUGGACUUUGAGCAAGCGGGCAUUGACUUCGUCUUAACGUACGAUAACCACCAUCCCUCGCCCUCGAAGGCAUACCUAUCACCUCCCCCGCAGUGA